AUGGCCGAACCCUGCCAUGGCUACAAGGAUCUGAUCCAUAGCUAUGAAAAACAGUUGGAUGGUCUCUUAGAACAGGGCAUAUACAAACCGGUAUUUCUGUAUCAUGUUCUCUUGUUCAAUGUUUUGCCACUGAUAGGUCUCGUUCUUCCUCCUGGCAAAGGUGGACAAUAUGCUCGAAAAGGACUAUUCGGUCUAUGCAUUGCAAUCGCAAUUCAAGCUUUUCGAAACCAUCGGGCCCUAGUUGGGGGUAAUGGCUACAUGCUUGGGCUGAUGACGGCGUGGUGGCUCAUAUGGAACGCCACUUUGUUUGUCUUUUCAAACCUCGAACAUGAUUUCAAGCGCAUCGAACGGAAAACUGCCGGUCUACAGCUUCAAGAUGGUGCCCAAGAGACUUGCGAUUGCAAAGAUACCUUUAUAUGGCAGUCAUAUCCGGAAAAGUUCGGACAUCGACUUGACUGGUCUGCUGGACUCCUCUUCAACCUCAGAGGCCCAGAAUGGAACUGGAGAGCUCCCCAUCUAGGACCAUUGCCACAGUCAGUCCAUACUCAGUUGCACUCGGGAUUCUCCUGUGCCAAAUUCAAAGCGCAAGAUGAUGCCACUUAUAUCAGUGGAAAGGAGCGGUUCCAAGCUGCGUUUCGAACGUUCUUGAAAUAUUACCUUGUGCUGGACUUCCUCAAGGUCUUCAUGAUGCGAGAUCCCUACUUCCAAGGCGUCGCCUCAGUCGACUCACCACCUCCGUUUCCAUUCUCCUAUCUCACAAUCCACCCGUUCCUAGUCCAAUUCUACCGCCUGUUCUUCAGCAGCUUUGGUGUCUUCGUUGCCCUCGAAUUUGUGACAGCACUUAGUCCUAUGUUCUUUCUAGGACUAGCACUUGCAUUCCCCAAUGCAGCUAGGAAGCUCACUGCUGCACCACUUGGGGCUCCAUGGGUCUACGCCAAUACCUUCGGGCCGUUCCUAGCCCCAAUUCUUGAUCAUGGACUGGCAGGCUGUUGGGGCCGGUGGUGGCACCAGCUCUUCCGUUUCGGGUUUGCGGCCACAGCCCGUUGGAUCCUAUCCUUGCUUCCAGUCAAGCUGUCAUCCCAUUCGCAAGUCCGGCGGGUUACAUUCAUCGUGGUGGCUUUUUCAGUCAGCGGAUUCGUGCACGCGUGUGGAAGCUUUACACAGUUCACGGAGACAAAGCCUGUAUCGGGGCCUUUUCUAUUCUUUUCCUUGCAAAUUGUUGGAAUUUUGGGGGAGCAGUUGUUCAAGAGAUCGAUUUAUCCGAUUUUGCCUCUCUCAGGUACACCGCGAUGGCUGAGACGGACUGCUAACUUUGUAUUCGUCUUCUGUUGGCUGUUCUAUUCGGGGUUUUUGGUUGCGGAUGAUUUCGCGCGUGGUGGGCUAUGGUUGGUGGAACCGGUUCCUUUCAGUCUCCUUCGUGGAUUGGGAAUUGGACUCCAGGGUCAUGGAUGGUGGUGCUGGACAGAGCCAUGGUUCCGAUACUGGAGUGACGGUACUUACUGGGGGAGUGGUAUUCGAGUAAUAUGA